GUUGAUGCAGUGAGUGUGUCAGUGAUGCGAGGAGAUUCAGUCACUCUACACACUGAUGUUAAAAAAAACCAACAAGAGGAGAUUAGAUGGUAUUUUAAUGGCAUUCACAUUGCUGAAAUCAGUGGAGAUCCCAAUAAGACCUGCACAGAUGUUCAGUGUGAAGAUGCUGAUGAGAGAUUCAGAGACAGACUGAAGCUGGAUCAUCAGACUGGAUCUCUGACCAUCAUGAACAUCACAACCACAGACUCUGGACUCUAUAAACUACAGAUCAACAGCAGCAGCGACAGUCUUCUUCAGCUCUUCAGUGUUUCUGUCUAUGAUGUUCCUGAACGAGAGAAAAUGAAGAGAAAGUCAGUGAAGGAGGGAGAAUCUGUCACUUUAGAUCCCGGUGUAGUAAAAACCACAAAUUAUUUGAUGAAAUGGCUUUUUAAUGACAUUCGCAUCGCUGAAAUCAAUGGAGAUCUUAGUUUUAUCUGUACAGAUGUUCAGUGUUUAUAUGCUGACGAGAGAUUCAGAGGCAGACUGAAGCUGAAUCAUAUGACUGGAUCUCUGACCAUCACAAACACCAGAAGUGAAGACACUGGACUCUAUUAUCUGCUGAUAACCACCAUCCGGUUCAACAUCAUAAGGAGCUUCAUUGUUGAUGUCACUGGUUAUGUUGAUGCAGUGAGUAGUGUGUCAGUGAUGGAAGGAGAUUCAGUCAUUCUACACACUGAUGUUGAAACAAACCAACAAGAGGAGAUUAGAUGGUAUUUUAAUGACAUCCGCAUCGCUCAAAUCACUGAAGAUCUCAGUUUUAUCUGUACAGAUGUUCAGUGUAAAUAUAGCGAUGGGAGAUUCAGAGACAGACUGAAGCUGGAUCAUCAGACUGGAUCUCUGGCCAUCACAAACAUCACAAUCACAGAGUCUGGACUCUAUCAACUACAGAUCAGCAGCAGCAGCAGAAUUAGCAUCAUAAAGAGCUUCAGUGUCACUGUCCCUACGGUUUCCAAUUCAGGUCUGUCUUCAGCCCCUGUAGCAGGAAUAGUAGUAGCCCUAUGUGCUGGUGUAGCUGCUCUUGUUCUGCUGCUCGUUGCUGCUGGUGUGAUUUAUUAUCGCAAACGUCAAGCAGGACAACAUAGCGAUGUUACAGACAUGGUGAUGCAGUUCAGUAAUCAGAUGGAAAAAGACCCUGUUGAUGACUCCUGCCAAUGAAUCAGACUGAAACUGGGGCUGCCAAUGAGACAUCACAGAAACUUUAUUAUGUUGAUACUUUCAUUUAAAGGGAACAUAAAGAAAAGUUGGGAAACCAAUAGUGUCAUGAUACCAAGAUUUCAGUAUUCAGUACUGAUGCCAGUGAAACAAAAUUCAGCUAAUUAAAAUUCAAACUAAUUGGCUAUAAUUCAGUUUUAAGUGAUUUAAAUAAUAAAAAUGUAGCCUAUUUUUUUUUGUUAUUAUGUAACAUAGCUUCAGAAUAGACAAACCGUAAAUUAGCAACUAAAUGAUUAAAGUUUGAGAAAGCCUGACCAGAAAGUUUAGAGUAGUUUUAAAAGCAUAAUGUUUAAAGGUUUUGAAGGCCAUACAGUCUAUCAGAAAAAAAAACAGACAGAAUCAAACAACAUGUUGGCUUUCUCAUUAAGAAACAGAGAAAAAUAUUAAUUCCAAUAGCACAAAGAGUGCUUGAGGUUUCUUUCAGUAUGUCAGUGUUUAUUAAAGGUGCUAAAGUUACAUCUUUAGAAUUUUCGUAUUAGCAACUUUACAGUUCUACACGGGCAGACCCCUGAUGAAAACACCAGUAUGCUGUUGUUCCCAAGAUUCACUGUACUAAAAAGUUAAACUGGUGUUUUCAGCAGAAAUCCUUUUAUAUUAAAGUUAAGCUUUGUGCUUUUGUCUGUUUGUGGCAUCAUACAUUUGUUGUUAAAGGUUCAAAUCCUGCAAGGGUUGAUCUAUGAAAUCUCACCACUGUGUCCUUGAUCAAACUCUGAAUAUCAGGAUUUGAACCUGCAACAACUGCACUGAAAGACACGGUGGAGAGAAGCAGCAACCAAAUGCCAAAUGUUAUUUUGUUAUAUAUUUUCAGAACUGUUACUGGAUGCUAAAUAAGCUUUUUACUGGUAUAUUAAGCAACUGAAGGGUGUUUAAGCACACUUAAAGGAAUAAUUCACAUGAAAAUUAAAACUCAUCCAUCCAAUCAGCCAUCCAAGAUGUAGAUGAGUUUGUUUCUUCAUCAGAACAGCUUUGGAGAAAUCUAGCAUUAGAGCACCAGUGAAUCCUGCAGUGAAUAGAAAAAACAGCCAGAAGGACAUGAGACAACAAUGAACACAGGAAACACACAGUAGGGACUAACAAUGCUGGGAAUAUAACAAUCAGGGACUGAUCAAACAAGAAAAACUACAAAGGACCCACAAACGUGACAGGAAACAGGAAUACAA